AUGGCCAUUAGAGUUCGACAGAGCAAAUGUAAUGUAAUGUUGAUGCCGGAGGUUGGCAAUCUGGACACAAUGGACCAAAACAUCAAGAACAAGAAGAACAAGAGCUUCAAGAAGAACAUCAGGGAGAACAAGAGCUUCAAGGAGAACAUCAGAGAGAACAAGAGCUUCAAGGAGAACAUCAGGGAGAACAAGAGCUUCAAGGAGAACAUCAGAGAGAACAAGAGCUUCAAGAAGAACAUGAGGGAGAACAAGAGCUUCAAGGAGAACAUCAGAGAGAACAAGAGCUUCAAGGAGAACAUCAUGGAGAACAAGAGCUUCAAGGUGAACAUCAGGGAGAACAAGAGCUUCAAGGAGAACAUCAGAGAGAACAAGAGCUUCAAGGAGAACAUCAGGGAGAACAAGAGCUUCAAGGAGAACAUCAGAGAGAACAAGAGCUUCAAGAAGAACAUGAGGGAGAACAAGAGCUUCAAGGAGAACAUCAGAGAGAACAAGAGCUUCAAGGAGAACAUCAGGGAGAACAAGAGCUUCAAGGAGAACAUCAGGGAGAACAAAAGCUUCAAGGAGAACACCAGGGAGAACAAGAGCUUCAAGGAGAACAUCAGAGAGAACAAGAGCUUCAAGGAGAACAUCAGAGAGAACAAGAGCUUCAAGGAGAACAUCAGGGAGAACAAGAGCUUCAAGGAGAACACCAGGGAGAAUAAGAGCUUCAAGGAGAACAUCAGAGAGAACAAGAGCUUCAAGGAGAACAUCAGGGAGAACAAGAGCUUCAAGGAGAACAUCAGGGAGAACAAAAGCUUCAAGAAGAACAUGAGGGAGAACAAGAGCUUCAAGGAGAACAUCAGGGAGAACAAGAGCUUCAAGGAGAACAUCAGAGAGAACAAGAGCUUCAAGGAGAACAUCAGGGAGAACAAGAGCUUCAAGGAGAACAUCAGGGAGAACAAGAGCUUCAAGGAGAACAUCAGAGGGAACAAGAGCUUCAAGGAGAACAUCAGGGAGAACAAGAGCUUCAAGGAGAACAUCAGGGAGAACAAGAGCUUCAAGGAGAACAUCAGGGAGAACAAGAGCUUCAAGGUGAACAUCAGGGAGAACAAAAGCUUCAAGGAGAACAUCAGGGAGAACAAGAGCUUCAAGGAGAACAUCAGGGAGAACAAGAGCUUCAAGGUGAACAUCAGGGAGAACAAAAGCUUCAAGGAGAACAUCAGGGAGAACAAGAGCUUCAAGGAGAACAUCAGGGAGAACAAGAGCUUCAAGGAGAACAUCAGGGAGAACAAGAGCUUCAAGGAGAACAUCAGAGAGAACAAGAGCUUCAAGGAGAACAUCAGGGAGAACAAGAGCUUCAAGGAGAACAUCAGGGAGAACAAGAGCUUCAAGGAGAACAUCAGGGAGAACAAGAGCUUCAAGGAGAACAUCAGGGAGAACAUGAGCUUCAAGGAGAACAUCAGGGAGAACAAGAGCUUCAAGGAGAACAUCAGGGAGAACAUGAGCUUCAAGGAGAACAUCAGGGAGAACAAGAGCUUCAAGGAGAACAUCAGAGAGAACAAGAACAUCAGGGAGAACAUCAGGGAGAACAAGAGCUUCAAGGAGAACAUCAGGGAGAACAAGAGCUUCAAUGAGAACAUCAGGGAGAACAAGAGCUUCAAGGAGAACAUCAGGGAGAACAAGAGCUUCAAGGAGAACAUCAGGGAGAACAAGAGCUUCAAGGAGAACAUCAAGGAGAACAAGAGCUUCAAGGAGAACAUCAAGGAGAACAAGAGCUUCAAGAACAAAACCACAACAAGAGACAAGAACAAAAUCAUUAACAAGAGAAACAGGAACACAAGAACGAGAGUAUAA